AUGACGUACAAGUGUCAGUGGUGUAACGCCUUGAAGUGGAAAGAUGAGACACCUGGCAUGUGUUGUAGCGCCGGUAAAGUACAACUUGAGCCGUUUAAACAACUGCCUGAACCACUUUACAGUCUGGUUAAUGAUUUACACCCAAAUCAUGUACACUUCAUGGAUAAUAUCCGAAAAUAUAAUGCCUGUUUUCAAAUGACUUCCUUUGGUGGAAAACAAAUAAAAGAAGGCGGUUUUUCACCAACUUUUAAAGUUCAAGGACAAGUCUAUCAUUUAAUUGGAAGUAUAUUACCGGAACCUGGGCAGUAUGCACAGUUUCUGCAAAUUUAUUUCGUCGGUGAACAUGAUAGAGAAGCUAAUAUUCGAUGUUCUAAAUUUCCUGAUUUGAGACCAAAUUUAAUCAAACAAUUGCAGCUUAUGUUACAUGAGGUGAACCCAUACAUAAAAGAUCUAAAAACAGCCAUUGAUAAAAUAUCGCCUUCAGAGUCAUUCAAGGUCGUAAUACAUGCAGAUAAAAAACCACAAAGAGAACACAGAGGCAGAUUUAAUGCACCAACGGCAAAUGAAGUGGCUGUUGUAUUGGUAGAUCAGCAUUUUGACCGAAGAGACAUCAUCCUCGAAAGCCGAAGUAACUCACUUCAGCGUAUCAGGGAGAUACAUCCAGCUUAUGACGCGCUGCAGUACCCGUUGAUGUUUUGCUGGGGGGAUGAUGGCUAUUCAAUCAACAUACCACAAUGCGAUCCCACAACUAAGUUUCCCUUGAAAAAAACAGUCUCUGCUUUAAGUUUUUAUUCAUACAGAAUAAUGAUCAGAGAAGGAGAAGAUAACUUUUUGGUUAAAUAUCGCGCUCUUUUUAGUCAAUAUUUGGUAGAUGAAUACGCAAAAAUAGAAACUGAAAGACUAAACUACAUAAAAAACAAUCAAGCCAAAUUGCGCGCAGAUAAUUAUAUUCAUUUAAAAGAUGCAAUUGGACGGCAAGAUACUGAAGCAAAUCAGCUGGGACAAAUGGUAGUACUUCCAUCAUCUUUUACUGGUGGACCAAGAUACAUGCACGAAAAAACGCAAGACGCCAUGACCUAUGUUAGACAUUACGGUCGUCCCGACCUUUUUAUUACUUUUACAUGUAACCCACGCUGGAGUGACAUAAAUGAGCACUUACUUUCAGGACAAAAAUCUCAUGAUCGAUACGAUAUUAUUUCGCGUGUCUUUCGAUUAAAGGUAAAAAAGGUCAUGGAUUUGUUGAUAAAAGGGAAAAUAUUCGGUGAAGUGAGAUGCUAUAUGUAUUCGACAGAAUGGCAAAAGCGAGGUCUUCCGCAUAUUCAUAUACUUUUAUGGCUUCAACAUCGCAUCACUCCGGAUCAAAUUGACAAUAUUAUUUGUGCUGAAAUACCUAACCCUGAUCGUGAUCCUGAGCUUUACGAAAUUGUUAAAAGUAAUAUGAUACAUGGCCCCUGUGGAAGUUUAAACCGAAAUUCUCCAUGCAUGAAAGAUAAUUCGUGCAGCAAACGUUAUCCUAAGACUCUUAUUAAGGAAACUCAAACCGGUGAUGAUGGUUAUCCGCAGUACAGGAGACGUUCUCUGGAUGACGGUGGAUUCUCUGUCAAUAUCAAGGGUGUUACAAUAGAUAAUCGUUGGGUGGUUCCUUAUAAUCCAGUGCUAUUAAGAACAUGUAACGCUCACGUGAACGUAGAGUAUUGCCAUUCAGUGAAGUCAAUCAAAUACGUUUGCAAAUAUGUUAAUAAAGGGUCAGAUCAGGCUACGUUUACUUUAGAGAACGAGAAGGAUGGGAAGGAUGAAGUUACAACCUACGCAAGUGGUCGAUAUAUAAGUUCAGCUGAAGCAGUUUGGCGAAUCCUUCAAUUCCCAAUACAUGAGCGUUUUCCUCCUGUAGUGCAUCUUGCUGUCCAUUUAGAAAAUGGACAGAGAAUUUAUUUUAAUGAGCAGAACUUGUGCGACAAAUUGAGUAGUCCUCCUACAACUACACUCCUCUCCUUUUUCGAUCUGUGUAACGUGGAUGACUUUGCAAAAACAUUGCUAUACUCGGAAGUCCCUGCGUAUUACGUUUGGAACAAGCGAUCGUUUCAGAGAAGGAAGAAAGGAGUGAAUGUUGAAGGAUGGUCAGGGGUCAAAAAAGAACACGUUCUAGGUAGAGUUUAUACUGUUCAUCCAAACAAUACAGAAUGCUACCACCUUCGAAUGCUUCUACAUGAGAUCAGAGGCCCAAUUUCAUUUGAAGCGUUGAAAACUGUACAUGGUCACUUACAUCCCACUUUCCAAUCCGCGUGCAAGGCUCUAGGUCUACUCGAAGAUGAUCGGCAUUUGGAUUCAGCUCUUGAAGAGGCAGCACUUUGUCAAACACCGCAUAUGAUUCGAGACCUUUUUGCUAUCAUUUUAUUGUUCUGCCAGGUUUCCGACCCCUUAUGUCUUUGGGAAAAAUACAAAGAAUACCUUUCUGAAGACUUUAAAAAACAACUGCAAAGGCAAGGUGACGUGAAUGUAGAGCACUCAUCGGACCUGAUAUUUAACAAAUGCCUGUCGGUAUUAGAGGAUGCCGUAUUAUCAUUAGGCGGCCGUCCUCUUAAAGAGUAUGGAUUACCUCAGCCAAUAACAUCAAUACAUUUUGAAAAUAGAGAGUACGUGAAGGAGACCAGUUACGAUACAGUGGCCUUAGAAGACGCAGUAAGAAAAAAUGAAGCAUCCUUGAAUGACGAGCAACAGGAAGUUUACAAUAAAAUUAUUACAAGUGUAGAUGCAAAUGACGGUCGAAUAUUCUUCUUAGACGCUCCAGGUGGAACUGGUAAAACCUUCCUUAUUAAUUUACUUUUGGCGAAAGUAAGAAGUACUCACGGCAUUGCCCUGGCUGUGGCGUCGUCAGGCAUAGCUGCUACAUUACUCGAAGGUGGUCGAACUGCUCAUGCUACUUUUAAGUUACCACUCAAUUUAAUCACUGCCGAGACUCCCAUUUGCAACAUCUCCAAACAAAGUAAUUUUGCUGAAGUUUUAAAGAGUACAAAAAUAAUCGUGUGGGACGAAAUAACGAUGGCUCAUAAAAGUGGUAUUGAAGCCUUAAACAGAUCACUAAGGGAUAUAAGGGGUAAUACAAAAUUAAUUGGUGGCGUAACAGUUUUGCUGGCCGGAGACUUUCGGCAGACUCUACCAGUGGUGCGAAAAGGAACCAGAGCUGACGAAGUAAAGUCGUGCAUUAAGAAAUCUAAUUUGUGGCCCCAGGUUAAUAUUCUUAAGCUCUCUAAAAAUAUGAGAGCACAUUUGGGCGGGGAUGAGUCUGCUGGUAGAUUUUCAUAUCUCCUUCUUAAAAUCGGUAAUGGUGAUUUUCCAUCGUUUGAUGGAAUGAUAACCAUCUCGGAAGAAUUGUGCACAGUUGUUACUACGGUUCAAGAAUUGCUGUCUAAAGUUUAUCCAGACAUUAUUCAUAUACAUGACAAGCCUAUUGAAUGGUUAUGUGAGCGUGCCAUAUUUACUGCAAAGAACGAUCAAGCAGCAGCUCUCAACGAUAUCCUGCUCAUGUCGUUUGAGGGCGAAGAAAGGGUCUAUACUUCGAUUGAUACUGUGGUUAAUACAGAUGACGCUACUAAUUACCCUGUAGAAUUUUUAAAUUCAUUGAAACCGCCAGGUUUGCCUUAUCAUAAGCUUAUUCUGCGUGUGGGCACUCCAAUUAUGUUGUUGCGAAAUUUAAAACCACCAAAACUUUGUAACGGUACGAGACUGCAAGUGAAAGCGUUACAUCGCAAUAUAGUGGAAGCCACUAUAUUAACUGGGUGUGCGAAAGGGGAAACUGUAUUUAUACCACGAAUCCCAUUAAUACCUAAUGAUAUCCCGUUCGAAUUUAAACGAUUACAGUUUCCCCUAAAAGUCUGCUUUGCCAUGACAAUAAACAAGUCUCAGGGGCAAACUCUCAAAUUUGCGGGUAUUGACUUGAGAGAACAUUGCUUCUCUCAUGGACAGUUUUAUGUUGCUUGCUCACGAGUAAGUUCACCCAAUAGCUUGAUAGUUUUAGCGCCUAAUGACAGAUUAGUUAAGAAUAUUGUGUACAAAGAAGUUUUGUAGGCCCUAAUUUUUUACACACGCUAAACAAAAGUAAAGCCGCAAAAACUAUACCUAAUUAAUAAUAAUACUUCUUAACGCGAGCGAAGCCGCGGGCAAAAGC